AUGCUUCCAUUUCUGGAAGCAAUACUGCAAUGUGAAGAAUAUGUGCAAUAUUCCAACUGCUCGAUUGCUUAUCUGGAUCACCCGUCAACAUUCUUUAUUCAAAUACACGAUGUUGUUGGUCCUGUUUUUCAACAAAUGCAUCAAGAUAUGAAUCGAUAUUAUUGGAACAGUAAAACAACAACCAUUUUCAACUUGAAAAAUUUGGAAUGA